ACCAGCAAGCAAACUGCUACGCCCACUACACACCAGCCAAAAAUGCCUGCAGAUUACAAUGGACGCUGGGAGAUGGUGAGCAAUGAGAACUUCGAGGAAGUCAUGAAGGCCCUCGACAUUGACUUCGCCACCAGAAAGAUAGCCGCCCACCUGCAUCAGACAAAAGUGAUUGUCCAGAACGGAGACAAGUUUGAGACAAAGACCCUGAGCACCUUCAGAAACUACGAGGUCAACUACACCAUCGGAGAGGAGUUUGAGGAGUACACAAAGGGGCUGGACAACCGAAAGGUCAAGACACUGGUUACCUGGGAUGGAGACAAGCUGGUGUGUGUCCAGAAGGGCGAGAAGGAAAACCGCGGCUGGAAACACUGGAUUGAGGGAGACCUGCUACACCUGGAAAUCACUGUGCUCGACAAAGUCUGCCACCAAGUAUUCAAGAAGGCCCAGUAAGAUGGGAAAGACUCUUACCUGCACAAAGCCAUCUGUCACGUGUUGCACAUUGCUGUCU